AUGUCGCUCCAAGGAGAUUCCUCUAUUGUUGAGGUGCAUGUGUUUCUGCAGCAGCUCGCGGCCAUAAGCAAACUUAGCAUCGUCCCUCGCGAAAUCUGCGCCAAAGAUAGUGCAACUCUUAACCACAACCAGUCGCUAAGGGAUUGCGCAGAGGCAGAGGAAAUGGCCCCCUCUGCCGCCUUUGAAACAGUGGCUGGUGCAGCUCGCCUCUCCAGGCAAAAAGGGACCUUGUAUCUCCUAGCGACCCCACCAAAUAUAAUUUUCGAACAAACCAAUUUAUAUCAACAAUACACCUCAGAGUGGACAGAUGAAGAAAAAGAGUCCCAUCGAAGGGACCAUCAAGCUGGCCUGGGGGCCUGGCAUUGUUGCGCCGCUUUUUACCAUCAGCGCACCGUUUAUCUCUACGAUCCAACUUAUCCCAACCUCAACACCGCCUCUCCACCUCCCUAUCAAAUCUCCCAGUUCCGCAAUCUGGGCAUGGCCCGACUCCUGGUCAACAAGCUGAGGGCAAAGCGGCAGGUGGUGGACCAUAUUUAUCUGGGUGGUGGAGGGAAUGACACUGAUGUAUGUCGUGACAUGUGUGGGGUGUGGCUCCAACAUGUGGUGGACCUGGUCAACAGAGGGACAGAGGUCAAUUGUGACAGUAUCUAUGUGCUGGCCGAAGGAUAUGAGAAGUUAGCUAGAUGAUUUUGGAUGUUUGAAAUCAAUUCUUUUUGGG